AUAUUAAAAAUAAAAGAAGAUUCGUUUAAAAAUUACAAUAAAAACCGUGGAUUGAACAAUAUAUAUACGUUAAUCAAGUAUUUACAAGUUAAUCAAAAGUUGCUAGAUACUAGAUUUAAUUCAAAUAAAAAGUGGAUAAUUAACAAAAAUGACUACAACGACAUUAAAAUGUGCAUUGAAUGGAUUUCAAUAUCAAUCAGUAAGUUGAUGUCCAUUGACAGCUGUAUACAUGCAUAUGUAUACUUAAAUUGUUAUACAUUUUGCUGAUAACUUGCUUGACUGUAUUGUUUUAAUAUGAACGUUUUAAUAAGUUGUAACUAUGGUAUAUAUAAAAUAAUUUCCAAUUUCCCCAAUCCCCAAGUUUUCUACAAUUUCCUCGGUUUUUCUGAAAAGCCGAGGUCUUAACUGUUUUAGCGACGCCGCUGACAAGGCACAACUAAUAAUCGACUUCAACAAGUCUAUGCAGUGAGUGAAGGUCAAGGGUCAUGUUCCAUGCCUAGACUGGUACCUCGACGGUACAACGCACAACAUGUUGUUGUGCGAGAUUGGAAACCAAACUGCAGGAUAUAGGUCAACAAUGCUUACCGCGAGAACGUGAAAGCAAAUCAUGGAUUUUUCAAACACUUCGUUAGGUUUAGAUAUCUGGACUUUUCUGGUUAUUUUCUUGGUGUUUGUAGUUGUCUCCUUGUUGAUUCGUAAGCCACGUAAUCUGCCUCCCGGCCCGUGGGGAUGGCCAUUGCUUGGGUAUUUACCGCAGUUAGCAGUGAGCAGAGUGCCUACGUACGAAGCAUUAAGUGAAUUGGGGCUACGAUACGGACCCGUGUGCAGCUUCUAUCUGACAAACCAACUAGUUGUCGUCUUGCAAGACUUCGACGUCAUCAAGAAGGCGUUGGCUCUGCAUCAGUUAAGCGGUCGUCCUACUUUUGAGAUCUGUCAGAAAAGCCUGCCUGGACAUGGUGUGGUGAGUGCCUCCGGGAAGGAAUGGGAAGAAUUACGGCGGUUUUCAGUGACCACUCUCCGCUCCUUGGGGAUGGCGAAGUCCAGCUACGAGAAGCAAAUCUCGACUGAGGCACAAUGCCUCAUGGAGGAGAUACGAAAAAUAGGAGGACGGAAGUUUGACCUUCGCUGCGCUAUGGAGAGUGCCACGGCCAACGUGGUUUGUUCAGUUCUCUUCGGGAAGAGAUUCGAGUACACCGACGAGAGAUUCAUCGAGCUUCUCCAAAUAUCCGAUGAUAUCAUCGAAAUUGCAGGUGCAGGAGGGGUUCUGGAAUUUAUCCCGAUGUUCUCCAAGUUGACAUUCCUUCCCAUUGUCAAGAGACAGAUUGAAGUCAACAAUCGAUUGAUGGCUUUCAUCAAGGACAUCUUGGAAGAUCACGACACGGGUUACGAGCCCGGGAGCUCGCGGGAUUACAUCGACGCAUUUUACAACGAAAUGAGACAGAAGGAAAGCCAGGGCCUUCCAACCUACCUGAACACAAACAGUUUGUAUUACACCAUCGCAGGACUCUUCUCGGCCGGGGCAGGGACCUCGGCCAGCACACUUCGCUGGGCCAUCCUCUACAUGGUAGCCUACACUGAGAUCCAGAAGAGGGUCCAAGAUGAGCUAGAAAACAUCGUGGGUCGUGACAGACUACCCCAACUCUCUGAUAAACCAAAAUUACCGUACACCCAGGCAGUGCUCAGUGAGAUCCAGCGAGUUGGAUGUAUUGCUCCACUCAGCAUACCGCACCGCUGCUUGGAAGAUACAGCAGUAUCAGGGUACCACAUACCCAAGGGGGCUCUCAUAGUACCCAACCUAUGGCAAGUAUGCUACGAUGAUACUGAAUGGACCAAUCCCAGAGAGUUCAAGCCGGAGCGAUUCCUUGACGAGGAAGGCAACUUCCGAGCCAGGGAUCACUUUGUUCCUUUUGGAAUCGGUCGUCGGGUUUGCCUGGGCGAAAACCUUGCCAAGAUGGAACUCUUCAUCUUCUUCACGUUUCUCCUGCAUCAGUUCACCUUUGAAUCGCCUGAGGGCGCUACAGGGGUAUCCUUCGAGCCCAAGGGGGGAAUAACGUUGGGCCCCGUCCCCUACAAAAUUCGCGCCAUCCCACGUGCGUAAUGAGAAUAUAAAGCCAAAAAUAGACAGCUGCCAAUUACACAUCAUAAUGCACCGUGUUGAUCGUGUAGUUGUCAACAUUUCUAAAGAUACAUCUACCUCUUAUAAAAACACAGGGAAAUGUUAUACACAUACGACAGCUCUAUGUCUCAAAAAUAUGAAGCAGUCAAAACAAGUCCGAGGACAAUCAAUCGGUUUCUUUUAACCUGUUCACCAGUGGAACCAUUGGCUAAAGAAUAUUCCUCAUAGACAAUUAUUUCAGAACAUUAGCUUUGUAAGGAGCAAUUCUGUGACGUAAGUACCAUUAAGCCUUACUGUAGUAACUGUAAUGUCCAUUUUUUUUCAUAAGCAUAACAACAGUCAAGAUUGAAACGUGAAUGUAAAGUCGAUAAAACGAAAUUGCACUUGUUUGGAUUGUGCAGCAGCACAGCUUAGAUAUAAUCUGAAAAGUAGCCAAAUUUGGAAUUCAAGUCCUUUCAUUUAAUUAGCUGUAUCUCCGGACCUUGGUGUCCAAAUGCGAUGGGAUAAAGACCAGGGUCUUUAUGGUCUUUAGUGUAGGGUCUUCACUACACCCUCAGACAAUGGAGGACGAAAAAUGGCCAUCUGCUUUUUUGCUAUCAGAAAUGCAGAAAGCAGAUUGUACGUUUUUGUACAAUGAACUUUUCGACUUUUCUAAUUUUCUGCUACCUGAAAUUAAAGCAGGAGUUUCAAUUUGCUUGCUAAUUUUCCCCGGCAUAUUUUUUAUAAAGUUUCUGGUUUGCUUGAGACAAUAGUAGUGAUACCAAAAGCUCAUUAUCAAAUUACGAUUAAGUUUCCUCGUUCAUACACUAGUCAUAGUCACAUGUUGAAAGAUUUGUUUUUGGAAAAGCAUUAGAUAGCUACAAAGUCGUCACGUGAACUCAUAGUUCGGUCAUUGCCCUCCAGCACAAAACCUAGUCUAUGGAAUAUCCCCUUGCACAGCAAGCGUCUAUGAUAUGCGAGCAGAUUCGGUGAUUAAUUAUGCAAAACAAGACUGCGCCUCGACCUCGAGAUUCUGACCAUUCAGCGGGCGCCUCUUUUCAAAACCACAGGGAAAUGUUAUACACAUACGAUAGCUCUAUGUCUCAAAAAUAUGAAGCAGUCAAAACAAGUCUGAGGACAAUAAAUAGGUUUCUUUUAACCUGUUCACCUGUGGAACCAUGGGUUGAAAAAUAUUCCUCAUAGACAAUUAUUUCAGAACAUUAGCUUUGUAAGGAGCAAUUAUGUGACAUAAGUACCAUUAUGUCUUACUGUAUUAACUGCAAUGUCAAUUUUUUUCAUAAGCAUAACAACAGUCAAGUUUGUAACGUGAAUGUAAGUCGAUAAAACGAAAUUGCACUUGUUUGGUUUGUGCAGCUGCACAGCUUAGAUAUAAUCUGAAAAGUAGCCAAAUUUGGAAUUCAAGUCCUUUCAUUUAACUAGCUGUAUCUCCGGACCUUGGUGUUAAAAUGCGAUGGGAUAAAGACCAUUGUGUAGGGUCUUCACUACACCUUCAGACAAUGGAGGACGAAAAAUGGCCAUCUGCUUUUCUGUUAUCAGAAAUGCAGAAAGCAGAUUGUACGUUUUUUUACAAUGAAUUUUUCUACUUUUCUACUUCUCUGCUACCUGAAAUUAAAGCAGAUUGAACGUUUUGUAAAAUUUUUACUUGUCUGCUUUUCUGUUACCUGAAAAGCAGAUUUUUUCCCUUGUUCCUGGCGGACAAAAAGUGGCCAUACUUCAGACUCCACAGAGUGUCAGUAUACAUUUAAAAUGUUACGUCCACUGCAAUUCCUUAGUUUUACCUACCAAAAAAAAUAGCUUAAAGAGCCACUGUAAUAAAACAUUUUUCCCGCAAUCCUUUUAAUAGACCUUUUUGUCAAAUUUAUCUGUAUUUGACAAUCUUUAUAUGGCCAUUUUCAAGGGUGUUUGGUGCCUCUGUGGUUUAGCUUCUCGUGCGAAUUUCCAUAUUUAUGAGUGAUGCUGUGAUGUCAUUUCAGGCAGAAAUUUCAGUGUUACAGCUGCUCUAUGAUCCAGCAUCAAACGUUUCCAAGCGUUUUGAUGGCUUGCCGUGAUAUUUUCUUUGGCUUUGGUGAUACAUUAUUUUAUUAGUGCAUGAAAGUAAAAUUUUGAAGAGUGUAUGCCUAAAGCGACUUCACAGCAACAGCGCUUGCAGUUGUCGAAAAGCAGGGAUUAUAAAAUGAUGAAAAGAAACCACCAAAAAAAUCGUCCUAGAUGCGUCUUUUUUUUCUGAAAUAUAGGUUUUCCCUGCCAAUUUCGCCAAAAUAGCAUUCGAAUUCAUCUUGAUAGUGGUCAAUUUGAAGCGACGUGGCGUCCUGCUGUCAUUCCCGUGGUUUGUAUUAGAUUGCAGGCGUUCAAAUUCGUUUUAAGACCUGACACAUCCUCAAUUGAAGUUAUGUCAUUCGGUUUAAGUGAUCAUUCAAGUUAGCAGGUUUAGGGUUACGUGUAUAUUUGCAUCAGAUUCUUAUUUACGUUUUCAUUUCCGCGCAUUCUAUUUAGCAAUUUUGGCAUUUAAAAUAAAAGUAAACGAAAGUAGACGAUGCGAGUCUUUUAAUUUCUUUCACCCUUUCAAUUUUUUUUCUGCUUCAAGUCGUGGUCCAUUUUUGUUUUUCUGGCCCUCCUCUUGGCAGGUUUUUCUGUCUGCCAGAUCUGAGAUACGUUGCUACGAUUGACCUGUCAGUAGAUCUGUUUAUGGCAAGCUUGUCUGCAAGUUCAAGAUAGUCUUGGGCAUUGCCAU